UUUUUGGUUAUUUAAAAUUUAACGAUGUUUUUUAUUGCUUUAGUUUUGUUCCACUGAAUUAAGAAUAUAGUCUAGAGCCAGAAGUCCUCGUAAUUUACCAUUUUAAAGUUGCCUUAGUAUAAAUUUAAUUUCAAUAUUCCAAGGACAUUAUUUUGAUUUUACAGGAGUUGUUUUGUUUUCAGUUCCAGUAAUUUUAUAUGGCUCUUCAGAAUGGCAAAACAGCAAUGGAUUAGAAAUUAGAAAAUUCGAUCAAAUAAUCGUAAAUACAUAAGAGACAAGUAGCAGUAAUAAAAUAUCAACGGUUUAAAUCAUAAUAACCAAAUAGGCUUCCUCUAAGAGUUGUGCACAAUGAACAUAAUUUCAACAAUCUUUCUGUCCAUUUUCGUUUGGGUCCAAGGACUCUAAAAAUGUUGUUGCCAUUUAAAACACUAAUAGAAUAAUGCCAAUAAUGGAACUAAGACUGAACUCGCCUGUAGGAGGCUCUCCCGCUAUCUACAAUUGGCCCCUGUGCAAAAAAAAGGGCUACGACGAGGCCAACGAAGUAAUCGAAACAAUAAUUUGGGGCUGCAAAGAUAUCCCCGACCUAGAAGUGCCUUUGAAAAAAAAUAUUUUAAAAGAUGUUAAUAAAAAUGACUACGAAUCGAUGAAAGCUAUGACAAAACGAUACAAUAAGGCUAUAAAUAAUAUAUUGUCUCUUGAAAAGGGCACUCAAAAGUUUUGUGAUAGAUUGAAUCAAUUAGCUGACAAACCACUGCUUCAACACAUACUCCAACAAACUUACAGUUUUGCUGUUACAAAUGCUGGCAAACUAAAUAAAUAUGAAGCAUUUUCACCAGAAGUUUAUGGUGAAACUUCCUUUGAACUUGUAGCCCAAAUGAUUGAACACAUAAAUCUAAACAAAAACGACUCCUUUAUAGAUUUAGGUUCUGGAGUUGGACAAGUUGUACUACAAGUAGCAGCUACAAGUAUGUGUCACACCUGCAUAGGUAUUGAACGUGCCGAUGUUCCUGCAAAUUAUGCCAAAGAAAUGGAGAGGACCUUUAAAUUUUGGAUGCAAUGGUACGGUAAAAAAUAUGGCCCAUUUCAACUAUUAAAAGGCGAUUUUUUCGCUGACUGUCACCGCCAUAAGUUUUCAGACGCAAACGUAAUUUUUGUUAAUAAUUUCGCAUUUGGGCCUGAUUUUGACCACGAACUCAAACAAAGAUUUGCUGAACUCAAACACGGCACCAAAAUAAUUUCCUCCAAAAGCUUUUGCGCCUUAAAUUUUCGCAUUUCUGAUAGAAACCUUUGCGACAUUGGCACUAUAAUGAACAUUAGUGAGAUUCAACCAAAUACAAGUUCAGUGUCUUGGACUGACAAACCUGUUUCCUAUUAUUUGCAAGUAAUUGACAGGACCAAGCUUGAGAAUUAUUUUAAUAUUAAGAAAAAUGGCCCUUUGCCCUUGUCAAUUGAAGACCAAGAAAAAUCUUGCGAUUCAUUUGCCACCAAUGAUAGUAGCGAUUCAAGCACUAAUAUUAUUCCUCCACCAAAAAAACGAAAACGCAGAAUGAAACAAGAUCAGAACAAAAAGCCUAUAGCUGAAAUACCAAAGAGAAGGUACAAGAGAAAACCAAAAGAAGUUGAUAAUUCAACUAAUGUGAGUUUGCUCAGGCAAACUUUACAAAAAGGGGCCAAAGGUAGUAAUUCUCCUCAGCCAAGUCUGACUUGUUUGAUGGACGAUUUCAAGCAACAAUUCGAAGCAAUGGUUACAGAAAUGUCAAAUCCUAUGUUCAAAGUUGAAAUUAAAAGACAAAUCCAGGAAGAACUAAUUAAAAGAGAGUACUUAAAACAACAAAUUGCAGAUGUGAAUCAGGAAAUCUGUAAUGCUUCUAAGAAUUUGGAUUUUAUUAUACAUGCAGCAACUGCCAAAUAAUUUCUUUGUACAGGGUAUAUAUAAUUAGAACUUGAAUUUAUUGUUAUUUUAAGUUCAAUUUUUUUUUAUUUUUAAAAGGGAAACUUUUUGUUGUACCUAUGAAUUGUCAAUAUAAAUUUAGUUGGAAAGGGAGGUUUGAAUGAAAUUGUAUCUACCCUUUCCAUUUCUAUACUUUAUUAUUUUGACAAUUUUCCACAAUUUGAAAUUUAAUUACACCUUUUGUAUAGGUAUUUAAUAUUACUAUUUGUUUCUUAAACCUUUAUACUUAUUAUUAUUUUCAUUGUAAUAUGAAAAAUUAAUUUUAACAAAGUUUUCUUACUUGUUUGUUUUGUAAUCAUUUAAUUUUUUUUUUGUUAGCCAUUAAGUUUUGAGUCCCAUUGUGCAAAUAUGUACAUACAUUGUAUUUUUUUUUCUUAAUAAAGAAAUUUUAGCUAUUUAGAUACAGUUUACGAAUUUGUUGAUGUUUAUUUGAGGUUGUUCAAAUUAUAUUGUAGUUUUUUUUUUGGAUAGUACAAUAUUUUUGGAUAUCUAGAUUUAAGACAAAUCUUAAAAACUGCCUGUUUGUUUUCAAGGUUGGUUCCUUUUUUGAAAGUUUAAUUAUUUUCGUUUUGCGACUUCAUGAACUCUAUACCUGCUGUAUUUACCUGAAGAAAAUAAUUUGGAAUUUGGCAAGAAAACUCAGUAAUUAAAUGAAAGCAAAAAAGACCUUUCAGAAACAAUCCAUUAAGAUAUGGAAUGUUCUAGAACUACAUUGUUACCAUUUUACCUGUAUAGGUAUAGAGUUCAUUGGUCAAACUAGGAAUGAAAAAAAAAAAAAAUGUAUCAACUAUCAUUUUUUGUUACAAAAUUAUUUUAAAAAUGUUUCAUUGAAUUUUUGUAAUAAAAUAAAAAUGUAUCUGUUAUCAGGUGUUUGUUUUUGGUUAAAAGUACCACACACUAAAUUUUUUUACAGUGAAAUUAUUUAUGAUUUAU